AUGUCGGAUCUGGAAGUGGACCAGGACGAGAUUGAAGAGCGGUCAAGCUUGUAUGACACGAGCGACGAUGAACUACUAGAAGAAGUCGAUACAGCUCCUGGUGCAGUAGAAGAUGCUGACUGGGAGACUGCGCGAGGUGACUUUACGAAACAAUACAACCGGGCUCGACAGAUGGCUUCUGCUUUGCAAACCUCUUCUAAAGACACCAGCAGCGCAUUACCUGCCGUGAAUCGAGCACGUCUCCGCCAAAAAGCUGCUCCUGUACCUGGAGAAAGUAUUUCGACUGCAUCGGAAGAAAUUGCUGCACAUCCCAGCAAAUCUGCUGCACAGAUUGCUGCUUUGUCCAAAUUUGCAGCUCGCAUUCAUAUUGAAGACGCGUAUGACCCAUCGCGCGUAGCCGGCGGUAGCGUGGAUGGUACCGUUCCGCGAAAAACAAAUAAACUUGAAAUAAAUCGGCGUAAGGACAAGGCCGACCGUGCCACGCUCCAGCAAGUGUUGGAUCCACGUACGCUCUUAAUUCUCUCGAAAAUGAUACGCCGCGAGAUUAUUUCAGAAGUAAAUGGAUGCAUCAGCACGGGUAAAGAAGCAAGUGUAUACUAUGCUGUACGACCGCCUGCCUCACCUGAGCAAGGACCUGGCAGUGCCGCUAUUAAAAUCUACAAGACAAGUAUUCUUGUUUUCAAGGACCGUGAUCGGUACGUAUCAGGCGAAUUCCGAUUUCGUCACGGCUACUCUCGCCAUAACCCACGAAAGAUGGUGCGCCUGUGGGCUGAAAAAGAAAUGCGAAAUCUGAAACGACUGGUGAAUGCCGGCAUUCGUGCGCCGCCGCCUAUUGAGCUUCGAGAUCACGUCCUCGUGAUGGAGUUUUUGGGGGAUAAAGACGGGUGGUCAAGCCCACGUCUGAAAGACGCAGAAAGUCUGAUCUCACCAGAAGACUGGCCAAGGUUGUAUUGUGAGCUUCUUUCCACGAUGCGACUAAUGUAUCAUCGUUGCCGCCUUGUUCAUGCGGACCUAAGUGAGUACAAUAUCCUGUACCAUGAGGGCCAUUUGUGGAUCAUUGAUGUGUCACAGUCUGUAGAGCAUGAUCAUUUACAUGCUUUUGACUUUUUGCGUGAAGACAUUGCGCAUGUGGACGCCUACUUCAGCAAACACGGUGUGGAAACACUUGGUCUUCGGCAAACAUUCCAUUUCGUCGUUAAAGAGGCUGCGAGGUCUCGCGGAGGCGGUGUAGCUGGCCUUGAAAAGCUCGAACAUGGUGACGAGCAGAUCGAUGCCGCCGUUUUAGACAUCAAGAAAAAACAUGUUCAGGCCAAUGAGACCGAGGAAUCGCUCAUGAAAGAGCUAUCUCGUCUUUUGGACGAUACAAGGCAAACUGCAAUGACGACAGAUGCCGAGUCGUCAAGAGCAGGGCUUUCGAUCGUUGGUUCUCUCGUGAAUCAAAUGGACGAAGAGCAAAAAAAUGAAACGGAAGAAUCUGUAUUCCGUCAGAGUUAUUUGCCUCGCAAACUCGAUGAAAUAUACGAUCCUGAGCGUGAUGCAGCGAUGGUCCGUUCUGGUCAAGUGAGUAGCCUGAUCUAUUCCAGUGUGACUGGUCUAAAUGACUUGUACGACACUGAGGCAGACCCAGAUCAAGCCACACCAGACUACGAAGCGGCGGAACCGGACACGGAAGAUGCUACAGAGGACGACUCAGACAGUAGCAAAGAGCUCGACCCUGAACAAAGACAAAAUCAAGAACGCGAAGAACGCAAAAACCACAAAAAGCAGGUGAAAGAGGCAAAUCGUGAGCGCCGAAAAACCAAGAUGCCCAAGGCGGAAAAAAAGCGCCGCAUGAAAAAGACAACUCGCAAAAAAUAG